ACUGUGUGUUAAACUCUUUUAGCAGUUCUCACGCUCUUCCACAGACAGGUGACAUUUCGUUCACUGGUGUGUGUGUGUGUGUGUUUGUGUGUGUGUGUGUGUGUGUGGGAAAGAGUGAUGUGUGAGAUAGAAAGAACAGGUGUGUGUCAGUAUAAAAUGUUACCAAGACAAGUGUGUAUGUGUGUGUGUGUGAGUGAAAGAGAGAGAUGUGUGAGAGGUGUGUUUGCAAGAGAGAAAAAUAUUUGAGAACAGCAUGACAUUAAAAUGUAUGAGAGGUUUGUGUAUAAGUGAUGUUACAGCUAGAAAGAGAGAUACCAGUGAGAGAAAUGUGAGUGAUGUGUGUCACAGGAAGAAGUGUGUGGGGAAGUAAGAGCGCUGCGAAGAGGUGACAGAGAGAAAACUAUGUGUGAGAGUGAAUGUAUGAAAUGUGUGUGAGAAUUUCUUCCAGAGAGACGGAUGUGUGCCAGAGAAAGAGAAGUGUCUCAGAGAAAUUUGUGUAGAACAUACAAAUAUGUGAGAUGUCUGUGUGAGAGAGAAAUAUGUGUGUGUGAGAAAGAUGGGUCUCAUCUGAAUCUGGUGUGUGUGUGUGUGCGUGUGCGUGUGUGUGUGUGCGUGCGUGUGUGCGUCUAAACCUGUCACUUGCAUGUGUGCGUGUGUGAGAGCACCUCAAUUGAACCCGCCACUUCCAAGUGUGUGUGUGUGUGCGCGCGCGCGCGCAGACCUCAACCGAACUUGCAACUGCGGGUGCGUGUAUUUCACAGUUCAACAUAGCGUGCACUGAGUGUGUGCACGUGUGUUUGCUUACUCACAACCGAAUGUCUCUCUCACGCACACACGCGCAUAUGGCGAGCGUGUCCGUCCACACGCCGCUUCCGCACAGGCAGGAGUGACGUGAACACGUGUUGUCUUUUCUAAAGUGACUCUUGUCUCAAAGUGUGUGAGUGUUUGUGGCCCAGCUUGUGCGCGGGCGUAGUGCGCGUGAGGCCGAAGGAGGCGGACACGACUUCUACGUUUUGCUGUUCUCUCAUUCCUGUUUUUAUACAUUUGCAUUUUUUUAAGGCUGAGUUCUUCGUGUCAUUUGGCUGCGUGAGUGUGCGAGGGGGGCCCAACCUCCGCGUGCGUCACUGUCGCCCUGUCACUAAUCUGCCUCUCUGUUCCAAAUAAAAGACCUGAUUGGCUAAAAAAAACAAACUCUUGUCUCUCGAUUUACUUUAUUUACACAGAGAUCCCCGUGAAACAAGACACCCCAGUGAUCACGUGACAUCAAUUUUGAUGUUGAAAAUUGGAUUUUGAUGUUGAAUUGACAUCAAAAUCCCACUGGCACUUUUAGCUUCUUGUCCCAGUAUUUUGGAUCAAUUUCUAAUUCCUGCAAGUGUGGCGGCCUCUUGGUCCAGUGCUUUCGUCAAAUUUCAUUCCCUGUAACUUUCAUUUUUGUGCAUUUUUACUUCGUCCUGAUACAUUUGGCUAGUUUCACUUCCUGUUGACGUGACAGCCACUCGUCCCAAUACUUUUGUUCAGUUAAAACACUUUUUGUACAUUUCUACUCCCUCCUCCAAUAUUUUGUUCAUUUCCACUUCCUGUCUCAAUAUUUUGGUCCAUUUUCACCUCCUGUAGUUGUGAUGGCCACCAAGACAAAUCCCCGUUUUCACUUUUUGCCUCAAUAUUUUUUGACCAUUCUUUCUUGCUAUUCCAAUAUUAUUUCGUCACCGUGUGGAAUUCAAGCUCAUCUCCAGCUGCCGUUUACAAACCACAGACAAAUAUAACCGGUGGUCAUUUCUCAGAUACGUGGCAUCACUUCAAAUAUGUAUCAGCAUACUAUUGAAUUCGGAGUGAUGUUACAAAAAUGCAUGGGAGCAGAUAACCGUAAGCACCCCAUCUGGUGGCCGACAGGAAGACCCGCAGUUAAAUCAACGCCUCAUUAGGGAGUAAUUGUGACAAGACGUGCGUUGUGAUGUUUGGCUUGCAAUUAACAGCAACGUCGCAGCGCAUUUAGUAAACAUUAUUAAGCUAAAUCAACAUUUGACAUAAAUUUGUCCUAAAUGUUCCGCUUUUGUGGCUUAUUUUAAAGAAAUCAAAACAGGUUGUACCUGGUGUUCAUCAACUCUGCUGCUUCUCCCUCGCUGAUUGGCUGCCACGCCCGUCACGUGACUUGUAUCAGGCAUCAUCAAUCAAGCAACCAAUCAUUCAAUCCUACCCGCGACUGGUCUCGUCUAGUCCUGCGGAGACGGCUUAAUUGCUCUUUAGCGCUUCCGUGAAGACAUGGAGGAAGACUUAAGCCAUACAUCUGGCUGUCAGAGUCUCUUCUGUGAGGAGCUGGGAAUUGAAGACAGUCAAGAGAGGAAGGAGACAAGUGAAGCAGAGGAGGUAAAGGAUGAUGAAGAUGGAGAGAAGGAAGAUGAAGCAAGUCAGGGAGCACCACAGGAAGAGGAGGAUACCAAAAAAGUAAAUAAAGCAGACCAUGGAGGUUUCCAGCAGAAGAAUAGAAAAAGGACUCGAACCAAGAAGACCACCGAACACCGAGAGAACAUAAAAGAAGAGAAAGAUGUCGUCGAGGACAAACCCGAAGCGGUGCUGAUGAGCCCCGAGGCGAAUUCGGCUCUGACGGAGCCCCCCGUUGGACUCAUAACCACCCGCGACCUGUCCGAGCCUGUCUACCUUGGCUGCGAUGGUUCAGAUCUUGACGGACCCCCUGCUCCUGUACCCAUGGUGCAAUUGUCUCAGAACCCCGGCCCUGUUCAACUUGCCCCGACCAAGAGGUCACCCGGCCACUCUUUACCGCAGACUAUGUCCCAACAAGCCCUGGAACCACUAGAGAUGGCGAUAACUCGGGUGUACUCCACCCGACACUCCAUCCACUACAGCACCCGAGGUCACACAGAGAGCUGCCUGGUGGCACCUAAGAAGAAGACGAGGACGUUUUAUAGCACCGAUAAGUUGGAGCGCUUGGAGGCCUUGUUCCAGCGAGACCAUUACCCCGAUGCAGAGAAGAGGAAAGUUAUCGCUGCAUCAGUUGGCGUCACACCCCAGAGGAUUAUGGUGUGGUUUCAGAACCGCCGAGCCAAGUGGCGCAAAGCGGAGCGCUUGGUUUCGUGUAAAUACGAACAGCACCAGAGCAGGGCCAGGUGGAGCCCUACUCACCCCCAGGUCCAUCUCGCGUUGCCCAACAUGCCCGCCGCUGCCAGCAGUAAUGUGGGACUUGUGUUCUCUGGACACGUCGGCGCCAUGAUACCACCGCUUGAGCCUGUGCCACCUUUCUCGACAAUGUCCACACACAGCCUGCCCUCCUGCAGCCAAAUGCUGCUUACCAGUCCAGGUCAAUCCAGAGUGAGUGAGCAGCCCAAUUUCCAGCCCCGCCCCAUGCAAAGCCCUCCCCCCCUGAGGCGAGCCAGCCUCCCCCUCCUCUCCUACAACCUCAACACGCCGACGCCGACACCGCCUCUCUUCAUGGACGACCGAGACAGCCACCCCCUGCAGACAGAUGCCAGCUCUCUGUUCGACUUUGGCGACAAGCUGGACUAUCUCGCGCCGGGCCAUCAGAGCAACCCUCAGCUGUCCUUCCAGCUGCAGACUUCGUACCCGCCUGGACAGUCGCAGCCGCUUCAGACCUCCUCGUCCCUGCCCCCUCGCAUGCCCUUUCCUACCCCCUCCCCCUACCUUACCCCCAACCCGGACACCAUCUCCACUUCCUACUUCCUCUUUGGCCAUGCGGGUAACUCCACCGCGGGCCACAACUACGUGCAGUCGCAGGGCGGGGGCCCGAUUCUGCUGCAGCCCCCCAACCACGGUGGCAUGGCGUCCUACCAGUCGUACCCUUGGCCGAACAUGUACGCCCAACCUAGCGUUCGUCAGCUCGCUCCCAAUUACACCGCCGGAUUCGCCGGCGCUCGGGACCUCCAGAUCCCGUCGACCUCGGGUAACAUGCCCCAGUGCUUCCCAUGCGCACACGGGCACGGCGGCCCCAUCAUCCUCCCGCCCGUGUCCACCCUCCAACCAUCCCGCCUCAGGGCCGAGAGCGGGAUGGGGGCCAAGGGGAUGGCGGUGGCACCUCUGUUCCCCUCGCAGGCCAGCCCCGGCUCCCCUCGCAGCGCUGCGGCACCAUCUUGUGACAAGGUUGAGAAUGACAGCCCACGAGCGAUUCACAGCCACUUCCAGUGUGACUUCUCUCCCAUUCAGUUUUGAAAACGCGUUUGUGUGUUCUAUAUAAUCAAUCGUUGUAAUAUAUACAUAUACAUAAUUAUGUUUGGUCGAGACGCGUUUCGCAAGGUUGCAAUAAAUGGGUGUUGUUCACUUUAGAUUCGUUUCAAUCAAGCCUGGGAUUGAUGGGUCGGGCCUUCAGUGGGAAUUUACCUGAAGCGUCACAAAUGCUGCACAUAUUUUCUCAUGGGAUAUUUCUCAUAAAUUUAACACGGCUCUCAAAGGACUUGGUUUAAAAACUAAAAUGGGUCCUCCUGCAGAUGUCCGCCGGUAGAGGGUGCUAUUUCUUUCCAUUUUGGACUGUUUGACUGUGGUGGAACUCCGGCAAACCUUCGUGGUCCACAUUUUCUUUGAUGAUCAUUUAAACAGAAAAGGAAGAGGUAAAUAUUUAUUUUCUAAUAUCGCAACAGUAUAUUCU